UUUCCAAGAUGGCGGCUCUAUUUGUAAAUCAUAGAAAAGUGAAAGAAUUUCGGCACACUGCACAUGUACAGAAUAUGCUAGACAAUGAGAUGUAUGCCAGAUACAGAUAUACGAAUGGUGGAAUAUAUUAUCUAGAGGAUUUGCUGAAGGAAUCGCUGGAAAGAACGACAAGAAGAAACAGAGCACUUACUGUUAGACAGAUGAUUCUGAUUACGUUGCGCUUCUUCGCCACAGGAGCAUUUUUUAACAUCAUUGGUGAUAGCAUGGGCUACCACAAGUGCACUGUGUCACAUGUUGUAGCCCAAGUAACAGAAGCAAUUUGUGGUCACAUACAUCAGUUUGUGAUGUGGCCUGAUGCCAAUGCUCGAGCAUGGAAUAUGACAGAAUUUUUUAAGAAAGCUGGUUUCCCGAAUGUUGUUGGAUGUGUAGACGGAACACAUAUCCGAAUCCAGGCGCCAUCCGAAGACGAACCAGCCUUCGUGAAUAGGAAAGGCUUCCAUAGCAUCAACAUGCAGGCUGUAUGUGACAUCAAAGGAAAAUUUACAAGUGUAAAUGCAAGCUGGCCUGGGUCGUGCCACGACGCGCAUGUCUUCAGAACGUCAGGAUUGGCAGCCAAACUGACCAUUGAACAUGUGGCGUUUUCAGAUGGUGUCCUUUUAGGAGACAGUGGGUAUGAACAUGAAAAGUUUGCUUGA